AUGGCGACUCGGGAGAGGUUUCUGCCGGCCAGACGAGGCGGUGGCCGGUCGGGGAGACUCGUUUCCAUGGUGCCCAGCAAGUUCCGGCCCGGCGGCGGCAGGGCUGGGCCCAGCACUGUUAACAACUGUGGGCUUCAUCUGGUUAUCCAAACCUCAUCAGUGGCAGAGAGAAAUAAACCAUUUGAAUUCAGGGUAAAUAAAGACCAGUCGUCUUUCCACAACAGGCUCUUGCAACAUGAUCUGGAAAAAAACUAUUCAGGAAAACAAGGAGAUGGAAGAUUAUUGACCCCUUUGGUGCGUAAUAAGCAGGUGUAUGUCCCAAUAGCAGCCAAUUUGGCAGAUCUUUCAGGUCUGGAAUUGAAACAAGGUGCAGGCUGUCUAUCAGCAUUUGGGGAUUCUUCUGUUCAUACUCCUACAAAAUCCAGAACCCGACAGGGCUGUCAUAGUGCUGGUCCAAAUAUUUCAGAUAACAUAAAUUUUGGGAGCAGUGCAUCAAUCACAGCAUUUCCCAUUCUACAUCGCGCUACUGAUGAAAAAAUACUGAAUUCUGAUAGGCUGACCCUUGAAAGGCAAAAGCUGACAGUUUGUCCAGUUAUCGAUGGGGAAGAGCAUCUUCGCCUGUUGAACUUCCAACAUAACUUUAUAACUCGGAUCCAGAAUAUCUCUAAUCUGCAGCAUCUUGUUUUCUUAGAUUUAUAUGAUAAUCAGAUAGAGGAAAUAAGUGGGCUUUCAACUCUGAGGUGUCUCCGUGUCCUCCUGUUGGGGAAGAACAGAAUAAAGAAAAUCUCAAAUCUGGAGAACCUGAAAAAUCUUGAUGUUUUGGAUCUUCAUGGAAAUCAGAUUGCUAAAAUAGAAAAUAUCAAUCAUUUGGGUGAACUCAGAGUGUUAAAUCUUGCCAGAAACCUUUUAACCUAUGUUGAAAACCUUAAUGGACUGGAUUCACUGACAGAACUUAACCUUCGUCAUAAUCAAAUCACCUCCAUGAAAGAUGUGGAUACUUUGCCCUGCCUCCAGCAUCUGUUUCUCAGCUUUAACAAUAUAUCUAGUUUUGACGACAUUCUGUGCCUUGCUGAUUCCUCAUCCCUGUCUGAUAUCACCCUAGAUGGCAAUCCUAUAGCUCAGGAGACAUGGUACAAGAGCACUAUUCUCCAUCAUAUGAUGCAGCUCCGCCAGUUAGAUAUGAAGAGAAUCACGGAAGAAGAAAGGCGCAUGGCCUCUGUUGCAGCAAGAAAAGAAGAAGAGAAGAAGCGAGAAAGCCACAAACAGACCUUGUUAAAGGAAAAGAAGCGAUUGACAAUUGGCAACAUUGCUCGUCAAUGGGAGAUUCAGCAGAAUCGAGUUGCCCUUGUGACUUCUUCAAAUCAAGAUAAAAAAGACAGUGACUCCUGUCAGAUUAAUGGCAGUGCCGCAUAUGAAUUUCCUGAAGAAACCAGGUCUCUUGACACAGUACUGAGCAAUGAUGUACAAGGCUUAUCUGUCCUCGAUUCUCACUUAGUCGAAGUGGAGGGAGACACUCUUUACUUGUAUGGUUCUGGAGCUCUGGAAUCCCUGGAUCGAAACUGGAGCGUUCAGACAGCUGGAACUGUCAUCACAGUCUCCUUUAUGUUCAUAGAAUUUGAUGAAAUUGUUCAAGUGCUACCAAAACUGAAGAUCAGAUUUCCUAAUUCUGCGCACCUGAAGUUUAAGGAGACAAAUAUUGUCAUGUUGCAGCAGUUUAAUGCAUUAGCACAGGUGCGUCGCAUUGAACAGUUGACAGUUGAUCCUCAGGGAAAUCCAGUUGUAAACUUUACUCUCUGGAAAUACUAUGUUCUGUUUAGACUGAACCAUUUUAAUCUGCAGAAGAUAAAUGGAACUGAGGUUACUCAGAAUGAUAUAGUAAUGGCUGAAAGGCUCUUUGGCAUUCUUGCACAUGUAGCAUCUUCUGAAUUGCCCCAGUAUCGCCUGCUUUCACUACUUGGAGAAUCCAGGAAGAAGCAAUUCUGUUAUAUGCUAGAGGCAAAGGGGAAGAGAUCUGGGAUUGUCAGUGAAGAAAGUAAUGACAGCAAAAGAGUUGGAGGAGAAAAUGCAAGUCAAGCUAUACUGAAUUAUACCACAAGGGAGCUUCAUACAGAAAAGCUUGAGGAAAUCAAGGAGAGAGAGAAAUUUUGCCAGACAUACAUACAAGACUUAGUGAAAGAAGCUGCUGACAUCAAUAUGAAAAAUGAGUCGUUGCAGAAGCUGUGGCCUCAGAUGUUCAUUGAGCUUGUCAGGGAUGCGGUGAUAGAAAUACGUAAUAAAAAUUCCUACAUGAAACUCUGCCUACAGCAGAUCACUGAUCAAAAAUAGCAAUGUUGAUUCCUGCUGACUUGCAAGCUGUUGGUCAGUAUUGUAUGUUAUGUUUCACAAAGACAUAACAAAAGAAUAUAAAAUUACCAUCACUGUAGUACGCUUUUUAAAGGAUGACUUUAAAUUCAGUGAGCUCUGUUUUUACAGCUAAUGUUUCUCUCUCUAGUUUUCAAAACAAAAGUUUUCUUUUAUACAAGUUUUCUUGUAUACAGUUCUAGCACUGCAUCCUUAGCUAAAGUAAUGACAUAGAAAUAACUUGACAGCUGUGCCAUGGUUUACUAAGUCGUUUGCUUUUUGUUGUUGCUGAUGCUACUGCUAUAGUGCUAAAGCAUUGGUUUAAAGGAAGACGUUCACACUCUGAUGUUUGCCUUAUGGUUUUUACUGCACGCUUUUGAGUUGUUUCCUUUUUGACUAUUUGCUGCUGUGAUGUAAAAAUAUUCACAGUUCAGAAUAUUUUUUUUUUAUGAGCGGAAGCUAAUAACUUAUUAUGUUUACACUCCCUGAGCCUAAUCAUUUAAGACUUAAUAUUAUUUAAUAUAAUGGAUUGUAAAACUGCAUGUUGUCAGUUCAGUAUUGUUAUAAAAGGAGUACAUUUUACUGAAAUAAAACUGAC